CUUCACUCAUUCCUAAUAAUGCCUUUGACGUGCCGGUUUUACGAGCAGCCCUUCCCCGAAGUGGACGACGUUGUGGUUGUGAAUGUGCGCUCGAUCGCCGAGAUGGGUGCGUACGUCAACCUCCUCGAGUACAACAACAUUGAGGGCAUGAUCCUCUUGAGCGAGCUCUCUCGGCGGCGCAUCCGCUCGGUCAACAAGCUCAAGCUCAUCCGCGUCGGCAAGAGCGAGUGUGUCGUCGUUCUCCGUGUCGACCGCGACAACAGCUAUAUUGACUUGUCCAAGCGCCGCGUGUCUGCUGAGGAAAUCCGCAAGGCGGAGGAAAAGUUCAACAAGGCAAAAACGGUCAACAACUUGCUCCGAUAUGUCGCAGAGGUCCAAAAGAUCGACCUCGAGGAGCUGUACAAACAAACCGCCUGGGAGCUCGACAAGCGAUUCGGCGGCCCCGGCUCGUGCUACGAGGCCUUCAAACUUGCCAUUUCGGACCCCGAUCUCAUUUUCAAGGACCUUCAGAUCGACCCCAAGACUCGCGAGAUCCUGCUCGCCAACAUUCGCCGAAAACUCGCUCCCCAGCAAAUGCGCAUCCGCGCCGACAUUGAGGUUGCGUGCUACGCGUACGAGGGCAUUGACGCCGUCAAGAACGCCCUGCGCGCUGGUCUUGCCGUUUCGACAGAGCAACAGCCCGUCAAGAUCAACUUGAUUGCACCCCCGUUGUAUGUCAUGACCACCACCUCGCUUGACCGCGAGAAGGGUAUCAAGGCGCUUUCCAACGCCAUUGAAGCUAUUCGAGAAAGCAUCACCGCCUCAAAGGGCGUACUUCACGUCCAAAACGAGCCCCGUGCCGUCACCGAGACAGACGACAAGCAACUUGCUGAGCUCAUGGAGGAUUACGCACGACGACAGACCGAGCGACCAGGCGACGACGACUCCAGCGGCUCCGAAGACGAAGAGGACGACGAGGAUGUUCCGAUUGGCGAAGAAGAGGCCAGCGGCGACCUCGACGCUGAAGAGGACUCGCUCGAUGCUUAAGACCUGACGAUAACGCCUUGUGUGCACUGGGAGGACUGGCAAGCGUCCGCUCCACUAUCCAGUGUUGUGUCUGUGUAAUGUGUAUCGUGAUCGUUGGCAUUGAAUGUUCUUGAUCAGCUCCAAGGCUGUGUUACUUGAAUAACUUUUUUUUCCCACCCCAUUCGCAGCCAGAUUCAAUGUUGAUUCGAAGAAAUACCCAAAAUAGCUUGUUAUGAAAAC